UGUAUACUCUGCUUUUUUACCUUUUUCUUCACCCAGAAAUCUAAAUCUCGUGGAUAAAAUCCUGAUCGCGGUGUUUGAUAACGACACACGAAAGAGUUCGACAUUUGUUGGUGUUUGAAAUGUAACGGUAAAAAGAUUAAUGUAACAGUGAUUCUUCUUGUGGAAGUCGACGAUUGGUUUUACGACGUAAAUUUUGUGUUUUUUUCGGAGGGAAAUUAGGAAUUCAGAGUUUGUGAUUUCGAGGAAGGAGGAAAAGAAUAGAGGGCGAUGGGGUUGAUUUCGGGAAUUGUGAUGGGAAUGAUGUUCGGGAUCGGGUUGAUGGCGGGUUGGAAGCACAUGAUGGAAUACCGCAACAAGAAGCGUCUUGCCAAGGCAAUUGAUGUUAGAUCACUAAGCUCACUAAACAGGGAUGAUCUGAAGAAAAUCUGUGGCGAAACCUUUCCAUGCUGGAUAUCAUUUCCUGUAUAUGAGCAGGUGAAAUGGCUAAAUAAACAACUGAGCAAACUCUGGCCAUUUAUUGCAGAUGCAGCGGAGGCCAUUAUAAGAGAAUCUGUUGAACCAUUGUUGGAAGAUUAUCGGCCUCCAGGGAUUUCUUCAUUGAAGUUCAGCGAAUUGUCUCUUGGGAAUGUGGCUCCUAAAAUUGAAGGGAUUCGAGUUCAGAGCCUAAAGGAAGGUCAAAUCACGAUGGAUAUUGACCUCCGAUGGGGUGGUGAUCCAAGCAUUAUUCUGGCUGUUGGGGCAGCGGUUGUUGCUUCUAUACCCAUUCAGUUGAAGGAUCUUCAAGUUUUCACUGUAGUCCGUGCUAUUUUCCAACUUGCAGAUGAAAUUCCUUGCAUCUCCGCAGUUGUUGUCGCUCUGCUGGCUGAGCCAAAACCACGAAUUGAUUAUACUCUGAAGGCUGUUGGUGGAAGUCUAACAGCUAUUCCUGGGCUUUCUGAUAUGAUUAAUGAUACUGUUACUUCAAUUGUAACAGAUAUGCUGCAAUGGCCGCAUAGGAUUGUUGUUCCUAUUGGUGGCAUACCUGUAGAUACAAGUGACUUGGAGCUUAAGCCUGUGGGAAAGCUUACAGUAACUGUUGUAAAGGCGAGUGGCCUGAAAAACAUGGAGUUGAUUGGGAAAUCUGACCCCUAUGUGGUGUUGCACAUACGUCCUCUGUUUAAAGUCAGAACGAAAGUUAUAGACAAUAACUUGAAUCCUGUUUGGAAUGAAAAAUUUGAGUUAAUCGCAGAAGACAAGGAGACACAGUCUCUCAUUUUUGAGGUUUACGAUGAAGACAUUGGGGAUGACAAGAAACUGGGCACAGUAAAGUUACCUCUGAUCGACCUGCAACCUGAAGUAUCUAAAGAACUUGAGCUAAGGCUGCUCCCUCAACUUGAUAUGCUUAAAAUCAAAGAUAAAAAAGAUAGAGGAAUCUUGACGAUUCAGGUGUUCUAUCACGAAUUUAACAAGGAAGAGCAGUUAGCUGCCCAUGAAGAAGAGAAGAGGAUGUUAGAAGCGAAAAAGAAACUCAAAGAACAGGGUGUAGUAGGGAGCACUAUGGAUGCCGUUGAUAGUGCAGCAUCAGCUGUCGGUUCUGGCAUCGGUGCAGGUGCCAAUAUCGUCGGGAGUGGCCUUGGAGCUGUUGGCAGCGGUCUGAGUAGAGCUGGACAGUUCAUGGGCAGGACUAUCACCAGGCAAUCUGGUUUGCCCAGGGGGAGCGUUUCCAACAUACAGAUAACCGAAGAAAAUGGAGCUGCGAAGCUGCACUCGAUGUGAUGAUCAUUGCCCUGAAGCAGGUUAGUUUGUAAUCUAUACAUUUUAGCUUCAUUUGGCUAUCGAUCCUCUUUAAAUUUGGCAUCUACAUAAUCAUCUCAGGUGUAAUUGCUUUGUUCGUUUACCUCUAUUCUUUAGGCUAUACUGCCAAUGUAAAGUUGUUAACGUUGAUGGAAAGAUCUUUUUUCAUUGUUCAAACGUAGG